CCAUAGCUCGCUGAAAACCGCGGCAGUAUGUUUGCAUGCAUCAGUAGUCGCAGUGCAAAAGGUUAGAGCAAAUAAUAACCCAAUCGGCGUCAGUGUGUAAAGUGGUGUUAUAAAGGAUGCUUGUGAUGGCGCGCUACGCGAUAUUCGUCCUUGCAGUUUGCGUUUCCCUGUGCCAAGUGGCUUGGAGUGGCUGCAUGGAUGACCUGCAGAAGGAUCAGAUGUUUAUGGAUUGUAUGAUGGGAUACCAGACAUUUGUACAACAGGCUGCUCAGACCGGGGGAAAUAUGGCAACCAUGUUGUGCAGCACAGAGGGGCAAGCUGCAAUGGGAUGUCUCAUUGACUUUGGGUCCCGUUGUCCAGAUCUGUUGCAAGGCCAGGGCUUAGACCCAGAACAGAUGACGGCAAUGUGCAGCCAGGCAGCCGGAACCGGUGUUUUUAGUAAGACGUGUAUGGAUGCCCAGAAUUGUCUGGCCUUAAGUAUGAGUAUGGGUGGUUCAGAGCUCCCCACUCCGAAAACAAAGUUUGGAUACGUUCCUGAACUGAUGAAACAAAUCUGCGGAUCAUUUUCGGAGGUGUUCAAUUGCGUUACGCCUCAAGUUGAGAAUGAAUGCUCAUUGGUUGUGGACGGUGUUCGCAACAUCUCUGCCAUGGUUCAGAUGGGCAUGCCUCCUGGUUUGAUGUUCCCGAAAUACGAGACACUUAGGAUGCUUGUCAAAGAACGCUGCCCGACGCUGCCAAAAGAUUUCGGAACAUCCCGUUGUGUUUAUGACACUCUCCAGAACCAGACUUUCGAGGACUGCCUUAACACAGUAAACAUGAAUUAUACAACUCCGGAGAAAAAUGUUUCCUGCGGAGCUGUUGAUGCUCGUCUGGCCUGUCUCAACGACGCCCUGGUAGCUAAGUGUGGGAAGGAACACUACAACGGCAUCGUCAACCACGCCGAAUAUUUCUUCACUGACAAGCCGCUCACCUGUGACCGAACCAGCUCGGCGGCAUAUGCGUACCUCUCUAUGAUGACGUCUCUCUUUGCUGUGCUAUUUGUACUGAUCCUGUCUUAGGUUUAACAAAAUAGGUAGUAUUAUAUAUGUAAAUGGUUAUGCUCUUUUUUACAAACCAAAAAAUCGAUUGGUUAUUGAGAUAUGAUCCCUGUAUUGACCAUAGCCGGAAAUGAUAUCGGUAUAUUAACUUUAUCCUAUGGAGUUCAAACAAUUUAAAUUUUCAAAAAAUAAUCAAGUGGCAAUGGUCAAUAAAAUGUUAAGUAUAAGGUAAUUAAAAGCACAUCGUGUAUUGAAGAUCAGCAAUAAUUAACAUUAUACUAUAAAUAGGCUACGUAAAAUAUAAGAUAGCAAUGUACUAAGAACAUAUUACAAAGCUUGAAUAUCAGUAGACAAUCGGGAAAUCGAUACAACUUAUAAAAGCUUGUGUAUAUGGAAGUUGUAGAUUGUUGACCGAGAAGAAGAAGUUUAGUUCUUGUUUUUGCCUUAUUAUGAUGCGUUCAUGUUCAUUUUUUCAUACGUGUAUGUUUUAACAAUGUUAUAUGCCUAUAGUCCCUAGGCCGUUACAUUAUAGAUUUGACAGCUUAUAAAUGUGGAAAGAAACCCUCACUUGCUGCUGAAAAAAUACUUUAUAUUCAAGACACAUUUCCAAGUCAACUAAUUUAAACGUCAGAUUAUUUAACAGGAGAACGUCUAGUCCGUAUUCUUUAUUGAAGGAAAGAUACGAAUGAGCUUUACAAUUAUGCAAAGGGCUAAAGACCAUGUGAAUUUGUAUCAUACUAAAUGAUUUGAUAUGUUGGGUUUAAUUACAUGCACCUAUAUUUCCUCGUUUUAUGUACAUUUUUCUGAUAUUGUACCAAUAGUAAAUCUGAUUGCGUUUUUUCUUCGUAUGUGUUUGCUUUUAGUGUAUUUUUACUGAAUGUUUAAGUCAGAUAGUUUUUUAAGGCAAAUAAACGAGACAUGUACAGUUAUAGUAAAGUAAUAUACUACACUUUGUUUUAUUUGAGAUUGCAAAAUCAUCUUUUGAGAAUCAUUUGAGAGAUAUUGUACAUAUAGAAGCAGUAAUCAACAAUCAGGCUUAUAGAAGUUUUGUCUUUUGUAAUUAUUCUAAAUAAAUUUGCUUUGGUAUUGUGAUGAUACCCUUGGUCAAUUAAUUAAUAUAAGCUUCGGCAUUAUUAUCCUUGUAAAAUCUCUUCUAAAGAAACAAAAGUGUACCUGAAAGGGUGUUUCCUUUAUUUAAUUUCCACCAUAUAACCCUAUAGAACCAAUUUCGAUUAGUUGGUAUAAAUAAAUAAACUUGUAAAAAAUAAAA